AUGACUCCAUACACGCUUGGGUAUAAUCGAAAGCAGCACAUUAUCUCCUAUGGGCCGAGUAUCGUACCGCAAAUUCUACGGCCAUAUACCACUUUCUCUGAACGAAAGAAAUUAUGGACAAUCACCCUCGCCUCGUUGGUGACGUUUCUCUCGCCUGUCUCUGCCAACAUAUAUUUCCCGGCGAUGAACCAACUCGCGCAUGAUUUGGGUGUAUCCACAGCAAUGAUCAAUCUUAGCAUCACCACUUUCAUGGUUGUGCAAGGCAUUGCGCCCCUGUUCGUGGCUAGUCUAUCGGAUACAUACGGACGCCGACCGGCAAUCAUAGUGUCCCUAAUGAUCUAUCUCGCUGUAAACAUUGGACUCGCUUGUCAGAAUAGUUUCCGAGCAUUGAUGGUGCUCCGCUGCCUGCAAAGCCUUGGGAGCAGCAUUGCCGCAGUUGUCGCUGCGUCAGUGGCAGUCGACGUGGUCCCUCGCGCGGAACGUGGGCGCUACAUGAUAUAUUCAACCCUGGGGGUGACGCUGGGCCUGGCACUGGGGCCGAUUAUAGGGGGUGUGUUGACUCAAUAUUUCGGCUGGCGCAGCACGUUCUGGUUCCUGGUAGUCUUCUCGGGCGUGAUGAUUGUCCUCUUGCUGCUUUUCGUCCCGGAGACAUGUCGCAUGGUAGUUGGGAACGGGUCCAUCGAGGCACCGACGUGGAAUCAGCCCGUGAUCGAGUAUAUCCGACGACGGUCUGGGAAAACCGACGCGGAAGCAGAAGAUCGCGAAGAGAAUCUUCAUAUGAUGUCCGCGAAAAAGCGACCAAGGCCUCUGGACAGCAUUCGACUUGCGUGCCAAAAAGAAAAUUUUGCUGUUAUCUGCUUCGCGAGCCUGCUGUUCUGUGGGUACACCGCGGUUCUCAGCACGCUGCCGUCACAGCUUGAGGCAAAGUAUCAGUUCAACGCACUGCAGAUAGGGUUGUGCUAUAUUCCUUACGGUCUGGGUAGCCUAACCUCCCGGUGGACCGUGGGGAAACUCAUCGAUUGGAAUUUCCGUCGACAUGCGGAAAGGUGUGGCAUUGAAGUGGAGAAAAAUCGGCAGGUCCUGCUGAUCGAUAUGCCGGUUGAGAAGGUUCGGCUCGAGAUUACCUUCCCAGUGCUCUAUGCUUGCUGUAUUUUUAUUACCGGCUACGGGUGGUUGAUGAACUUUCAAACUCAUCUAUCAGGGCCCCUGGUGAUGUUAUUUUUCGUGGCGCAUUUGACAUCCGGAGCAACUAGCACAUUGAUCACGCUUCUUGUUGAUUGCAAUGUGGCAACUCCAGCGACUGCCACUGCGGCUAAUAAUGCAUUCCGAUGUCUCCUAGGUGCCGGUUCUGUGGCUGGGGCAAUUCCUUUAAUUAGGGUCAUCAGCAUUGGAUGGACUGCCACACUAAUUGCUGGGAUUUGGCUGCUUUUCAGUCCUAUUCUCUGGUUAGUCUUUGUGUAUGGUCACCAGUACCGAAAAGACAAGUUGAUAGGGAAAGAUCCCAAACAGGGGGUCUGA